AUGAAGCUCGCUGGAAUUCCAUCCCAAAUCAUGUCAUAUCCGCAGGAAGUUCGAAUAGAGAAAUUGACCGGAUUAGCUACUCUGGGAUUCGAACCCGGAUCGUCUCGUAUCCACGUCCGGACGAGAGAAACGUACCAGAUGAGCUACUGCGAUUUACGACAACAUGAAUGCAUGAAACAGGAUGCUAACCCGAUCGCCCUCACUGGGAUUCUAACCCGAGAUCGUCUCGUAUCCACGUCACGGGACAGAAACGUACCGGAUGAGCUACCGCGGAUUUACGACAACAUGAAUGCAUGA